GUGACUCUGUCAGCAAGAAAGAACUUGAAUUUGUCAUGGUCCUUCCCAUGCUACAGAUUUGAGACACACUGGCUAAUUUCCAUGUGUCUGCCCCAAGACAGGGCUGGGGUCUCCUAGUGGAGCCAGUCCAAUUCUUUGGCUGACAGUGUCAUUGCUGAACUAGCUUUCACAACCUGUUCACAGAAAGUGGUUUUGAAAGAAAUGAAGAGCAAGCUGGCAAGAUUCUGAGGUUACAGAGUGAUGUCCUUGCAGGCCAUGCAAGAUCUCCACUUGGAGGAGCCAGAGACCAAAGAAGUGAAUGGAAUCCUGAUGACCAAGAUGAUAAGUGAUAACUGGGACAAAAUCUGGAAUUUCCAAGCCAAGCCUGAUGACCUCCUCAUUGCAACCUAUGCAAAGGCAGGCACAACGUGGACCCAGGAGAUCGUGGACAUGAUCCAGAAUGACGGAGACGUGCAGAAGUGCCAGCGGGCCAACACCUUCGACCGGCACCCUUUCCUUGAGUGGACUCUGCCGCCACCCCUCAACUCCGGUCUGGAUCUGGCUAACAAGAUGCCUUCUCCCAGAACUCUGAAGACCCACCUGCCUGUUCAGAUGCUACCACCUUCUUUUUGGAAAGAAAAUUCAAAGAUUAUUUAUGUAGCUAGAAAUGCUAAGGACUGUCUCGUGUCCUACUAUCACUUCUCAAGGAUGAAUAAAAUGGUGCCUGACCCUGGAACGUGGGAGGAAUAUGUUGAGACAUUCAAAGCCGGGAAAGUGCUGUGGGGCUCCUGGUAUGACCACGUGAAGGGAUGGUGGGAUGCAAAAGACCAGCACCGCAUUCUCUACCUCUUCUAUGAGGACAUGAAGGAGGACCCAAAGAGGGAAAUUGAGAAAAUAUUGAAGUUCUUGGAGAAAGACAUAGCAGAGGAAGUUCUGGAUAAAAUCAUCUACCAUACCUCCUUUGAUGUUAUGAAGCAAAAUCCAAUGGCCAACUACACAACUCUGCCCACCAGCAUCAUGGACCACUCCAUCUCCCCUUUUAUGAGGAAAGGAAUGCCUGGGGACUGGAAGAACUAUUUCACUGUGGCUCAAAAUGAAGAAUUUGACAAGGAUUACCAGAGGAAGAUGGAAGGCAGCACCCUCACCUUCCGCACAGAGAUCUGAGUGCCAGCGGGGACUCCACCCUGGACUUCGUGACUUGACCUGAACCAUGUGACUGUUGGCAUCAGGACACUUAAGUAAGGCCUCACUUCCACCGUGAGCAGCAAGGUGGCACUCAAAAUACUGUGCCACUGUGAUAUUUCAUCCAAAUGUAAUCAAGUCCAGAGUAGAACAUUUUUAAUUGUUAGUGAUAUUUCUCAUAGAUCUCUGCCACGUAAUAGUGGACUCAUCUAUACCAACAUUUAUGAACUUGACCUAAUUUCCUUUGCAAUGCUCUAGACUACAGAGGUAAAAAUCCAUAAAGAGAGAAAAGUAAAUAAUCACCCACUUAGAAUCAUUUAGCUUUAUAAUGGUGUGAAAAAACCAACCCACACACGAUUCACAGACUAAUAUUCAAUAAUUUCAUGAGAUACUCAGUACCUAUUAUAAAGUGGGCUUUUAUUGUAAGAUUUUGCCUUUCUUUAAAUUAAUGUGAGCACUUUAAGCAUGUUAGAUAUAGGUGAGGAUAAGCUAUGAUACUCAAUACAUUAGGUGUGUUGGGCGCAUUUUUUAUUUGCAAUAUUGGGUUUCUUGGCAUAUCACCUCAUUAGAAUCUGAGAAGCAUCUUUAAAGAAGAGUGGAAUUUCACCAGGAGAGAAGGUGAACAAGAGAAGCAAAGAGGAUGAGAGUGAACACUAACUAGGGAGAAUUCCCAAGGAAAAUUGCUUUUCAUUCUUUUUAAGA